AAAUUGUUUACUAAAGUUUUUCUUUUAAUUUUAUCAAUCAAUGGAAGAAAUAGAUGUACCAAAAGAAGCUGUCCCUCCAGCAGAAACUGUAGAUAAUGAGAAGAAAGGAGAAAAUGGAGUAAUAUCGGAAGUUGUUCAUUUUUCUCGUACAUCGAAGAAGCGAAAAAAGUCAAAGAAAAUUCCAAGAGCAAAGGGUUUCCCAAAAUAUUACAGAAACGGAUAUGUAAGAUAUUGUGAUCACGUUCGACCAUCUAUUUGUACACAAAAUCCAACUUUGGAUCCAGUUGAAAUUACAAGAUUGGUUGCAAGUAAAUGGGUAGAGUUAACUAAGGAAGAAAGGCAACCUUAUCUUGACGAAGCAAAACUUGACAAGGAGAGAUUCAAGAAUGAACUGAAAAAGUUCAAUGAACUGCACAAAGGAGACUCCAUUGAAAUAAAUGCAACAGAAGACAAUUUGAAACCCAAACCAGAAAAGAAUACAAACAUUCUAGAGAAAAAUUGUGACAUUCCAAAAGCAUUUGUUGGACGCAACGAACUUCCCAUUUUCACUGACGUUUUCCUCGAUCACAAUAAAACAAUCGAAAUAGAAUUGAAGGCUUUACGCAGAAAUAAUGUAGAAAUCGAUCAACACAACUCUGUUCUCAUGAAGCAUAUUGAGAAUAUGGAAAAUGGAGUUAAAAAGAUUGAGAAUGAAGUUAUGAUCUCAAAACAACAGAACAAUCAGUUGGAGAUGUAUUUGACGAAAUUGAAGAUAAUUCUUGCUUCAGGUUUCCACUCAUAUGUGUUACCAACAAUGAAGACAGGGGCAACUGUCGAAAACAUUGAAGCUUAUAUGACGGAACUCUGCUCAGAUCAAUUUGCUCAAAAGCAUCCUGCAAUAGUGAACAAAGCUCGUCUCAUAUUGAAAUCAAAUAAAAAGUACACUCAGACCUUGGAAAAAUCAUUCCAUUUGUCUCAAGCAUCACUUGAUCAUUCCUCCAGCGACAAUGAUCCCGUUCAAGUCAUGUAUGUGCAUGAUGAAAACAGUUAUCUUCUUUGCACUCUUCAAAAAGGAAAAGUUUAUCAAUGCCCAUUGGAUUUGAACUUCCAAGAAGGCGAUAAAUUAUGCUUCUCGACAAAAGGCAAUGGGAUUGUGCAUUUAACUGGUUUCUUAACGGAUGAGUUUGAUGAUUUUGGAGACGGCAUGGGUGAAUUAGACGACGAAGAAAGCGAACUUGAAGAAAUGCCUGACUUACGUCGUAAGCUUGAAAAGAAAAAGAAAACAGAAAAGGAGACACCAGUAGCCAAAAAAUCUAAACAGCAAGAUUCAGAUGAAGACGAAGAUGAUGAAGAAGAAGAAGAUGAUUCCGAUGCACAUCAGGCUGAUGGUAAAGAUUCUGAUGAUGAAGAGGAAGAAGAUUCUGACGAGGAAGAUGACUCGGAUGAAGAAGAGGAAAGUGAGGAAGAAGAACAGAGUCCACCGAAGAAGCAGCAAAAGUUAGACACGCAACAAAAUAAUAAAAAAGAAAAAUUGAAAAAUGGAAAUCUUGAGAAUGGAAACAAAAAGCAACAAGAGCAACAGCAAUCGAAGAAAGGAAAAGGUGAAGAGGGCAAGCUUCAAAAACUUCAAGGAGGAUUAUUAGUACAAGACUUGAAAGUUGGCUCAGGAGCUGAAGCCAAACAAGGAAAGAGAGUUCAAGUUUAUUAUGAAGGGCGCUUGAAAACCAAUAAUAAAGUUUUCGAUUCAACAAAGAGCGGUCCCGGCUUCAAAUUCUCUCUCGGACGAGGAGAAGUUAUCAGAGCUUGGGACAUUGGAGUAGCAGGUAUGAAAGUAGGCGGCAAACGACGAUUGGUAUGCCCACCACAAUUAGCUUAUGGAGCUAAAGGGAACCCACCAGUUAUACCUCAAAACUCUACACUCGUCUUUGAUGUUGAACUAAAAAAUGUUUUAUAAGCAGUUAAAAUCUAAUUAACAUCAAUUAACAUUUAACUUUUCUUCUCAUGAUUUAUCAUUAAUUGAUGCAUCAAAACAAAUUUUUAUUUCUUUUAUCGAGCUUUGAUGUUUGAACAUUUAAAAAAAUAUCUUAUGUACAUGAUAAAUGGAGAAUUUCUGAAUAAAAAAAUCUUCUUUUAAGCUCAGUUAGAUUAAAUGUUUUAAUUAUU